AUGUGCGGCGCAGGGUUCUGCACCGGUGCCGGCCCCCCGGCGCUCAACGCCAUCGGCAGCGAGCGGGUGCUCAAGUUCUUGCUUCUCAACCCCGGGGUCAGCGGACUGUAUGAGAGGCUCCCGAAUGAGUGCUUCCUCGACAUGAAGGACGAGGACGACUAUGGCGUCUACCUGGAUGAUUCUGGGCAUAACGCUUUCUUUUACACUUCCAUCCUCUUCUCUCCCCUACGGGAGGCAUUGAGCGCGCGCGCGGGAGGAGAGGCCAUCUCGGGCUUUGGGAAUCAUAUCGAGGAGUAG